GCAGGAAUCGACUUUAAGAUCAGAACAAUAGAAUUAGAUGGAAAGAAAAUCAAGCUACAAAUAUGGGAUACAGCAGGCCAGGAGAGAUUCCGCACGAUCACAACAGCUUACUACAGAGGAGCCAUGGGAAUUAUGCUGGUUUAUGACAUCACAAAUGAAAAGUCUUUUGACAAUAUAAAGAACUGGAUAAGAAACAUAGAGGAGCAUGCCUCUUCAGAUGUGGAAAGAAUGAUCCUGGGUAACAAAUGCGAUAUGAAUGAAAAAAGACAAGUCUCAAAAGAAAAAGGGGAGAAGUUAGCAAUUGAUUAUGGAAUAAAAUUUUUGGAGACAAGUGCCAAAUCCAGCAUAAAUGUGGAAGAGGCAUUUUUCACACUUGCACGGGACAUUAUGACAAAGCUCAACAGAAAAAUGAAUGACAACAGUUCAUCAGGGGCAGGUGGGCCAGUAAAAAUAACAGAAAAUCGUUCUAAGAAGAGCAGCUUCUUUCGAUGCACGCUACUUUGAUGAACUUCUAAUGAUAGACUGCAGCACACUUAGAACCUUUUCUGCUUCUUUGAAAGCACAGGGUCACAAAGCCUCAGAAAUAAUACCACCAAGCUGCUGCUGAGAGCUCCAUUGAACGUAGACUGCAAUACACAAAAUACCGAGUGGAUUUUGCUCACUAAGCCUAUUGACCUGUCAGGCUCUUCUUUCUCAGAUAUGGAAGCUAUGAAGUGGAGACACAAAUGCAAGAGUUAACUUGUUUUCCUUUUUUACUUUCUGUUUUAUUGCCUGUUGCAAAAGCUGCUAUGUUUCUUUUAACUUUGCACAUCCAUAUUGGCCUCUUACUGCCUGUUACAGCACAAUCUUACAUUUGUAUUUGCACAGUUUGACUUGUAAGAAAGAUUCUUAACAGAUUUGUGCAGUUUUUUCUUUCUCUUUCUAAACAAAUUUAUUUUCAAGCAGGAGGGCCAGGGGAAAAAUUAAGUCUCGCUUCCAUUAUUUGCUAUGCUGUAUACUUGUGGCCAUGACUGCAGUAUGGGUGUUGACACUCUAGUGGUGAGAACUACUGUAACAAUUGGCAUUUAGCAAUUUGUAUGGAUUUUGUCUCUUAGAUGCACAAAUCUGUUCAUGCAGAAGCUAUGGCUUCUAUUCUGAAUGUAGUAUGUUGCUUUUCUUUCUUUACCAGACUUAGCAAAGUUGUGUUCUUGCCAGUCACUGUCUGAUUCACAGAUGCACCUUUCAGUUAUUUGAAUAAACACAGUGUCUUU